CUUUCCAUUCCAUACCCUGCGUCACUGCUCGAUCCUCCUGUCACAUCUCACGCCCCGUUUCUAUUCCCAGCGGGCUCCAGCCCAACUCAGACCUUUCCUUUCUCAUCUCCCAUCCCCAUCGGCCAUUGCGCGGAACCUAGACAUCAUCACAAAGCAGUCCGUCCUCCGAGAUUGCCACGAGUACCUGCCACCAUGGCGCUCGAUACGUUUUUCCACAAUAAGAUCGAAGCGAUGAAGCUUGAGAUCAUACAGGGACAGGCCGUUCUCCGGAGAUUAGAGGCUCAGCGGAACGACUACAACUCACGGGUGCGAUUACUGCGGGAGGAACUCGGCCUUCUUCAGCAACCAGGAUCUUAUGUCGGCGAGGUGGUCAAGGUGAUGGGUACAAAGAAGGUGCUUGUCAAAGUGCAUCCGGAGGGAAAAUAUGUUGUUGAUAUUUCCGAUAACGUCGAUAUUAGCAAGCUCACCGUCGGCAAGCGGGUCACCCUCCUUAGCGAUUCCUACAAGCUCGAGAAGAUGCUUCCUUCCUCCGUCGAUCCUCUCGUCUCUCUCAUGAUGGUGGAGAAGGUUCCCGACAGUACAUACGACAUGAUCGGUGGAUUAGAUCAACAGAUCAAGGAAAUCAAGGAGGUUAUCGAGCUUGGUCUACAGCAUCCAGAGUUGUUCGAAUCGCUUGGUAUAGCACAGCCGAAGGGUGUGCUACUUUAUGGCCCCCCAGGAACAGGAAAGACUCUGCUCGCUCGUGCCGUCGCACAUCACGCCGACUGCAAGUUCAUUCGAGUCUCUGGAAGUGAGUUGGUGCAGAAGUAUAUUGGUGAGGGAAGUCGUAUGGUCCGAGAGCUGUUCGUCAUGGCACGAGAACACGCGCCCAGUAUUAUCUUCAUGGACGAGAUCGACAGUAUUGGGUCAAGCCGUGUAGAGGGCAGCUCUGGUGGUGACUCGGAAGUGCAAAGAACUAUGCUGGAGUUGCUCAACCAAUUGGAUGGUUUCGAACCUACUAAGAACAUCAAGAUCAUCAUGGCAACCAAUCGUCUAGACAUCCUGGACCCGGCAUUGCUCCGACCCGGCCGUAUCGACCGAAAGAUCGAGUUCCCGCCACCGACCGUGGAAGCACGUGCAGAUAUUCUCCGAAUCCACUCUAGGAGCAUGAAUUUGACCCGUGGGAUCAACCUCACCAAGAUUGCCGAAAAGAUGAACGGCUGCUCAGGUGCCGAACUGAAGGGUGUCUGCACAGAGGCUGGUAUGUACGCUCUGAGGGAGAGGAGAGUGCAUGUCACCCAGGAGGAUUUCGACCUUGCGACAGCCAAGGUACUGAACAAGCACGACGACAAGGCUACCAGUCUGAGCAAGCUGUGGAAGUAAACUUCGGGGUUGCGGUGGGCUGGAUCCGAGAUCUUGGGAGCUACCAUUAUGCUACUGCUCCGGUUACUUCCAUCCUUAUAUGUAAUAUCAAUGCAUAGCGAGUUUAAGCAUCCUGUGUGACCAUCGAUUGUCUGCGAUUGAUUUAGCAUUGACAACUGUGCAAAACGCGUCGCGUUAUGCCAUGAAGGGCGAUCGGCCUGGCAAUGACGUCGGGAACAAAAUGAUUGCGUUCCGUUUGCCAUGGAAGCCACCAACUGUGAUGAAG